AUGGAUGAUCCUGCUUUUAAACAAAAAUAUCAAAAAUACAAGUUAAGAGUAAAGUUGUGGGAAAAAGAUUUCAAGAAAAAAUAUGGACGUGUUCCCUCAAAGUAUGACAUUAGAGAAGCCUCUCAAGAGAUACGAGAUUCUUAUAAGAUGUAUUACAAGCUGAAAACAUCGUUUUUGGAAGACACCCUAAACGAUGUUUUGUCCGAUGAUGGUUUCGAUGUUUUGGAAAUGUCACAGAUGUCCCAGACCAAUGGGGAUCUGGAUUGCAGUCUAGCAGAGGAAAGCAUCAAUGGUGGACCCAAAUUACCAUUGGAUAUCAGUGCUAUAGUUGAUGCACCAAAUGGAGUUCACGAUGACAGCUGCAAUGGUGGUUUCUCGAAUGUUCAAGAAAUACCCAAUGGAGCUGCAGUAUUUACUGAAGCCCGUGUCCUAAAGGAAUUUGAAGCUGUCGAAGAACUGGAUAUAAACAAAAAAGCAUGGGGAGCUAAGGUGUCAAUGAAACAAACGACGGAGGUUGUGGACAAGAAAGAUACACCCCGGCGAAGCCUUAAACCGAAUUUGAGCGCCAAGCUUUUUAACAAUUCAUCAUUUUCCAAGAGAAAUCCUAGAAAAUCUGUUUCCAAAUCAAAUCUUGAUAGUUCACUUAGAAGCAAUAACAACAACAAUACAUUAAGUGAUACUUUAAAUUCCACAAAGGAUGUUCUGCCUGAUUUGGAGACAAUUCUGCUGCAGAAGGCCAAAGAACAACAAAUCCAGAAUAAUAUAAAUGCCAAUCCCCUAUUGGCGGUGGAUAAAUAUAGGGACAGUAUUAAAACGCAGGUCGAUGAAGGCUGGUUGGAGAGGAAUGCCCAACAAAAUGGCAUUGCCCGUAAACCAAUUAGGAAUAGCGUAAAGAUUGAACCAAACAACAAUGUGUCAACUCCUCCCAGAAAAAGUAUUUAUGGUUUAUCCAAUAUUGAUGUUAGUAAAUUUCAAACAACAACAACUACUGCGACGACUACGGACGAUAAUCUCAACGAUACGGCUAAACCAAAUUUGGAGGAUGCAGAAGUGCCAGCAGAAAAUACAACUGGUCACAAUGGUGUCGGUGAAACAUCUCAUUUUCAAGAAAUGCCCGUGGAGAAACCCAAGAAAGUUGUCAAAAAACCUAACAGUGAUUCGGACUCAGAUUCUGUUGUCGGCGACAGUGAAGAAGAAAUUGAACCUCCAGAAUAUCGCCACAUUGUAAAACGCAGAAGAAUUGUCCCAUCAACGUCUCCAAAAACGGAGGCUAAACCUGUGGAAGAAAUCCCAAAUGUUGUAAAAGAUGAAAUUAAACCUCCCGAGAAUUCGUUGGAAAAUUUCAACGAUGAAGGUGAAGAUUUUGAUGCUGCUUCUGAUGAGGAUGAAGAAUAUAAACAACCAAAAAUCAAUAAACGAAAACGUGCCGUGGCUAAACGAAAGACAAACGCUGCCACGAAGCCUAAAAAGGCCUCACCAAAAGAGAAGCCCAAGCCAAAGGCUAAAGCUGCGGCAUCAGCACCAAAGGCAACUAGGGGAUCGAAGAAGGCCGUCGCAAAAGUUGCACAAGAGGACGAAGAAAAAGAAGAAACACCCCUUGAUCCGGUAGAUUUGAAAUAUGCUCUUGCCUUGGAGAGUGGGGAUAUAACCUCGGUGCCACGCAUCAAACAAACCGAUUUGGAUAAGGCCGAUCAUUUGGCGCAAGAAUAUAUUAAUAAAAUGGUUCCGCUGGGUGGUGCCACAAACAAGCCCAUACCAGUAACUGUGGCCGAUGAAAAGAGAGCAGCUGCCAGACGAAAAUUGGAAGAGAAGAUUGCCAGCGGCAAACUAAAUGAAAACUUUGUCACAAUUAAUAUACAGAAGAAGACAUUUGUUCGGGGCAAGAAGACCGUAAACUAUUCGAAAUAUAAGAAAAAACUGUGGAAGAAUAAGAAGCGUGUGGCGGCAUUAACCGGCCCCGAUAUGGAUAUGGGUGGUUGCGAUGGUGGCACAUUGAAAUGUUUUAGUUGUGGUCAAGCCGGUCACUUCGCUCAAAAUUGUAAAGUCAAAGGAGAUUCGCUGCUGCCGUUGACGGCACAACUGGAGGAAGAUCCAUCACCAUUUCCAACUUUGGAAGAAGCGGAACGUAUGGCCAGUCAAUCGGCAUUGGCGGUACAUAGUCGUAAUAUAUCGAAAUUGCCACAGGCAGCUAAUGCGGCCAUUUAUAAAGAUGAUGGUCUGAAUGAUGAUAAUGAGAAUGAAGAUGAUGAUGGCGCCGAUGAAGAUGUUCUUAUGGAAACAGAUGAUGAAUUAGAUGGCUUUGACAUUGACAACGCCAUUAAUUCAAAUGAAAAAACGGUCUCACCAAUCAAAAACUAUGUUGGCCAUAAAAUUCCCGAAUCAUUUCUUAAGGCUGCCGGUUUGGAUGUGAAUGACACAACAGAUUCGGGCAAUGCAACUAUUGCACCGUCUAGAAUUGGUGAUGUCAGUCCCAUAUAUGAUCUCAAUCCAGAUGGUAGUGUUAAAGAUGUCACUCCCGAAGUCCUGGAAGCAUUACGCAUGUUUGGUCAUACCAACUUUCGCAAGGGACAAGAUCGUGCUGUUAUGCGUAUUCUUUCGGGAAUGUCUACAUUGGUCACCUUGUCCACGGGCAGUGGUAAAUCGCUGUGUUAUCAACUACCAGCCUAUAUAUUUUCCAAAGAAAGAAAAGCCAUUACCUUGGUUAUUUCACCGUUGGUGUCCUUGAUGGAGGAUCAGGUGACGGGUGUACCACAUUUCUUGAGGGCCCAUUGUUUGCACACCAACCAAACACCGCAGCAGAGAAUGAAAAUUAUGCAACUUAUAGCCGAUGGAGAAAUCGACGUUCUACUUGUGUCCCCCGAAGCCGUGGUGUCCGGUGAAAGAUCGACUGGCUUUGGUUCAAUUCUACGCCAGCUACCACCCAUUGCAUUCGCCUGUAUUGACGAAGCUCAUUGCGUAUCCCAAUGGAGUCAUAAUUUCCGUCCCAGCUAUUUGAUGAUUUGUAAAGUUUUGAAAAAGAAUUUGGGUGUCAAGUGUGUCUUGGGUUUGACAGCCACUGCCACGCUACCCACCCGGUUAAGUAUUAUCAAUCACUUGGGUAUAUUGGACGGAGAGAAGGGCAUUAUUAGUGAUAUUCCACUGCCCGAUAAUUUGAUCCUUUCCGUGUCGAAAGAUGAAAAUCGUGAUACAGCCCUACUGCAAUUGUUGUUGAGUAAACGUUUCGAAAGUUGCCAAUCGAUUAUUGUCUAUUGUACUCGGCGGGAUGAGUGCGAACGUGUUGCUGGUUUCUUGCGUACCUGUAUGCAGGAUCGUAAAGCGCCUGAGCCGGAAAAGAAAAAUAAACGCAAACGCAUAAAUUGGCAUGCUGAACCAUAUCAUGCCGGUAUGGCUGCGUCGCGAAGGCGUACCAUACAAAAUGCCUUCAUGAACAAUGAACUGCGCAUUGUGGUGGCCACCAUUGCCUUUGGUAUGGGUAUCAAUAAGCCCGACAUUCGUGCUGUCAUCCAUUACAAUAUGCCAAGAAAUUUCGAAAGUUAUGUUCAGGAAGUGGGUCGUGCUGGUCGCGACAAUAAAGAGGCCCAUUGUCAUUUGUUUUUGGAUGCCAACGGCGGUGAUAAGAAUGAAUUGAAGAGGCACAUCUAUGCAAAUUCGCUCGAUCGUCAUGUUAUACGUAAAUUAUUGCAAAGGAUAUUUGUGCCAUGUUCGUGUGAUAAAAAUUUAAAAGAUGGAGUACCAAUAAAACCUUUAACGUCAUCAUCAAAAGAAUCUCCCCGCCAACACAUAUGCCCUGGCCAUGAAAUUGGAUUUUCCAUUGAUCAGACCGUUGAAGCAUUAGAUAUUCCUGCAGAAAAUAUAUCAACGUUAUUGUGUUACAUGGAAUUGGAUAAUCGCUGGUGUAUGAAUGUACUGAGCAAUGCCUAUAUUAAAGCGAAAAUUAUUUCCUAUGGUGGUCCGAAAUAUUUAAAACAUGCUGCCAAAGAGUGCCCACCACUGGCUAUGGCCAUUGCCUUGGAAAUAAAAAACGGUAGCUUUAAAGAAGAUGCCAAUAUUAUUGAAUUUUCGGUGGUGGAUAUAGCAGCGGCAAUUGGUUGGAAUAGUGGUGUUGUUAAAUAUCAAUUGAAGAAUUUGGAAUGGGUGCAAGUAAAUGGCUACCCCAAGCGAUCUCCCAUAACUGUCAGUUUCUAUGAUUUGGGUUUCCGUUUAAAGGCACCUGGUGAUUUUACAAUCGAAGAAAUCGAUGAUGCUUUGGAUAUCUUAUAUACGAGAUGCGUGAAACAAGAAAAGACUCAACUGAUACAGCUGCAAUAUGUGUUUCAAGGCUUAUCCUCGGUGGCCUAUAAUAGUCAUGUGCCUUGUUGUAGUGAAAACUUUUCACACGAUCGAUCGGAUCAAUUGAAGGCAAUUAUACGUGAUUAUUUCCGCAACGAUUAUCCCAAAGAUUUGAAAUUGGAAGUCGAGGAAUCAAAUGUCUCCGAUGGUGACAUUGAAUCUGAUGUCAUAGCCCUGAUCAAUAUGUAUCCUGAAAAUAAUUUCACUGGUCGUAAUGUGGCCCGCAUAUUCCAUGGCAUUUCAAGUCCCAAUUAUCCAGCCGUUAUGUGGGCACGCUGUAAAUUUUGGCGGGCCCAUUCAAAGACUGAUUUUAAUCGUGUUGUACGACUGGCCAAUAGUGUUAUAGUAAAAAUGCGUAUGUAAUAAGAAUUCGAUU